UCGGUGAUGACUCCCACAGCCUCUUUCUUUUGCAAAUACCUCCAUCACGGUCUCUAAUGUCCGAUUUCGCUGCGCUUCCAGGAUUCUACAAGCUGCUGUUUCUCUAUCUCGAGCCCGCCUCGACAGCAAUUCCCGGCUUAAUGAUACUCAUCUAUCCAGGGUCUACAUGGUUCCAUCAUCAGCUAAUCCCAAGUUCAACCGAUCCCCUGCCGAAAGGAUUCUUGGAUGACCGGACAAACAUGGCUAUCUGGCAGUUAGCUGGAUGCUAUUUCCUUCUCGGAAUGAUCUCUUCCUUUGUUUUCAGAGCAGUUCGCAGCGCACUCAAACACGAUUCCAAGAGUCAAGAACGUGUUGUUGGUUCAUUACUCCUCCCUUUGGCAAUUGCGGAUGUCAUCCACAUUUCGUCCAGCUUUAUUGGUUUACCUCCAGAUCUUCGAUUGAACGUCCAAGAAUGGAACGGGACUACACACGGGAAUAUUACAAUCACCACGUUCUUGUUCAUUGCGAGGGUGGCGUGGUUCCUUGGGAUAGGACGACCGCGAUAUUAUUUUGGUCAAAACUCUACUGCAGUCAAAAAAGUCCAAUGAAGGACCCUGGACUUCGUUGUUUGAUUCAUAGGUUCUAAAUCUAUCACUCGAAUACUACUUUGUCUCACAAUUCACGUGCGCUGCGACGUAAACGCAAUUCCCGGCCGAAAUACAACC